CAAUGAUAACGUGUUCGACAAUCGUUGAAAUCUGUUCUCUUCUAAAUUUAAUAUUUAAUUUGCAAUACUUAACAAUUUUUAUUAUAAAUAGAAUAGAGAUUAGUAUAAUAUACCUGAGAUAAAUGUACAGUCCGUUUUUUAAUUAAGCGUUGAAACCGGUAACGUUUUUAAAUAUGUUAUACCUUGAAGAUUACUUGGAAAAUAUCGAACAUCUACCUCAAGAAAUGAGAAAUCGUUUUACCGAAAUGAGAGAAAUGGACUUACAAGUAGAAAACUCGAUGGACUGCAUAAAAAAGAAUGUAGAUACUUUAUUUUCAAAGGCAGAUAAUAUGAGUUCGGAUGAAUUGGAUGCGAAUUUCAAAGCGAUAAUAAAAGAAGGCGAAAAAUCUGUUGAACAGUCUGAGGAAAAAGUUCAGUUGGCCAACCAUAUGCAUGAACUCAUGACAAAAUACAUGAGACGUCUAGACCACGAAUUACAUAAGUUUAAAAUGGAAUUGGAAGCUGAUAAUAGUGGUAUCACUGGUCUCAUUGAAAAAAGAAGUUUAGAUUCAGAACAAACCAGUACCGUCAAUCAAAAAGAAAAUAAGUUUCAGCUAAAUAGAUGUCUUUUUGGAGAAAAACAAGAAUCCAUAAAUCAAGGCAAUAAUUCCAAACAAAAAUCAGCAUCAGUGGCAUCAAACUCCGCUAGUAGUGGAGAUGUUGCUUCGCCUUCGAACCGUGAUACGAGUCCAGCUAGUUCGAGAAUUGUUUCUUCUUCAUUAGCUUACACGUUGGGACACAUGGGUGCGGGUAGUCCCGCCAUUGCAGCUGCAGCGUCCCAAGCAAUUGUCGCAACUCAACAACUAUCCCAAGGGCGUAGAACUGCCAGUUUAAAAGCAUCUCUGGAAGCGAUAAGUUCCGGUACACCUUUAACCGGGCAAAUGACGUCCACUCCUGGUAUCUUGCCUUCAGAACUACCAAUUAGCAAAGAACUUGCUGGAGUCGCACAUUUAGUCAACCCUAAUAUUGACGGGGCAAGAAAACAUAGAAGACGAGGUGCUCAGCAUUUAUCGAAUGAAGAAGAUGUUGAUGAACCAAUUGAUCCCAAUGAACCUCGUUAUUGUAUAUGUAAUCAAGUGGCUUAUGGCACUAUGGUGGCUUGUGAUAAUAAAGGGUGCCCAUACGAAUGGUAUCAUUGCGAGUGUGUUGGUAUUACAGAUCCACCAAAAGGCAAAUGGUAUUGUCCGCAGUGUAUUACCACAAUGAAAAGUCGAAGAUCGCGUAAAACCACAUAAUCUAUCUAGACUAUAUUUUAGUUUUAAAUCGUUAUAGGAUCCUAUUUGUGUUACUCCUUACAUUAAUUUAAUUUGUAUCCAAUAUUUUUUAAUGUAUAUAAAAAAAAAUCACACUGAACAAAAUAUAAUACUAAGCUAAAGUGUUGUGCGUUUUAUUUUUCAAUUACAUUUUAUCUUUGACAGUG